UCCUCCCGUCCCCAGCAGUCCAUUCAGAGCCUCGGGCAGCGCGCAGCAGCUGGACACGGGAGGAAGGAGCCACGGGAGGCGGAAGGCGGCCUGUGUACCCAGCACCGCUUGGGUGGAAAUGAUGGCCAGGUUAAAAAUCUGACAAGUUGUCGGGACAAGGACCUGAGGUCUGGGACUCGCUACGUCUUGAUGAACAGCACGGUCCAAAGAAUUGAGAGAACCCCUGUUUGUCUCUUCCUGCCCUAACUCCUGCUGGUGGCAGAGCCGCAGGCCGCAGGUCCGCUGGACGACACAGCAGCUGGGACCUGGAGCAGGAGGCUGCAAGGAGAGGCGGGCAGAGGAUUACACUUCUCCGUGCGUGACAAACAGCCAACAGAUCCGUCACCCCCCUCAGCAGCCAAAGACGAGCCAGCAGGAUGGCAGGGAAGCCCCUCAAGAAGUCCUCCAUGCCGGGGGUGAGCAUCCGGCAGCUGGUGGAGGACAUCCCUGAAGGGUGCAGCCUGCCGGGCUUCGAGCAGAAGCCUGUCACCCUGGCUCUCCUGGAGGGAAAAAACGCCAUCUUUCGGGCCGUGGUCUGUGGGGAGCCCAGACCCGAGGUGCGCUGGCAGUGCUCCAAAGGUGACCUCAGUAAUUCCAGCAAGUACCAGAUCUCGUCCACCCCCGGCAGCAAGGAGCACGUGCUGCAGAUCAACAAGCUGACGGGCGACGACAUGGACCUGUACCGCUGCGCAGCAGUGAACGCGUACGGGGAGGCCACGUGCUCGGCGAGGCUCACGGUCAUAGAAGUUGGCUUUCGGAAGAAUCGGAAGAGGCAAAAGGAGCCCCAAGAGGACCUCAAGAAGGAGCUGAUGGAUUUCCGGAAGAUGCUGAAAAAGAGGGCCCCGUCUCCCAUCCACGAGAAGGUGGACAUGGAGCAGGUGUGGCAGCUGCUGAUGACGGCGGACCGGAAGGACUACGAGAAGAUCUGCCUCAAGUACGGCAUCGUGGACUUCCGCGGCAUGCUGCGCCGGCUGCAGCAGAUGCACAAGGAGCGGGAGGAGAAGCUGGCACCGUACAUCAAUGCCAUCCUCAACCUGAGACACAUCACAGUUAACAAGGAGGGCAUCGCGAUAUUUGACCUGGAGCUGGAUCUCAAGAGUCCCGAGGGCAAGAUUUACCUCUACAAGGAUGGCAAGAUGGUCCCCUAUGGCUUCGACAACCAGACCAAGCACUGUCUGCGGCAUCUGGGGAGGCACUACCAAUUCCAGAUCCGGGACCUACGGCCUGAGGACGCUGGCAUUUACCAGGUCAGGGUGGAGGAUGCUGAGGUCUUCUCCACGGAGCUGGAGGCCAGCGACAUCCCCCCCAGAGUGGUGGUCCCGCUGGCGGACGCCCGCUGUGAGGAGCACGGCGAUGCGGUCUUCGAGUGCACGCUCUCCAGCCCCUGCCCCAGCGCCGCCUGGAGUUUCCAGCACCGGCCGCUCCGACUCAGUGACAAGUACGAGGUGUUCGUGUCCUCUGAUGGCCUGACCCACCGGCUGGUGGUGAGAGGCGCCCGCUUCGCAGACAUGGGCCUCUAUUCCCUGGGCACCAAGCUCCACGCCUCCAGCGCCUGGCUGGUGGUUGAAGCUGGGAAGGAUAAAAGCCUUCUGGCCGCAAGCACUGACCGCCAGCUGCAGAGCAGGAGAGGCGGCCAAGAGGGCGGGUUGGACGCCCAUGGCCAGAGAAGCGAUGCCGCCCGCAGUCCCAGAUCCAGACACAAGCCUGGCGCUGGUGGUUUCUCCGAGGAGGCUCGAGGCCCCGCAGGCCACUUCUCCCAGGGCCUGGCUGACACGGAGGUGCAGCAGGGGGAGGACGCCGUGCUCUCCUGCACCCUCACCCGUGACCUGGGGCCUGGAGCCUGGUUUAAGGAUGGUGUCAAGCUCAGCACCCAGGACGGAGUCAUCUUUGAGCAGGAUGGGCUCGCGCACAGGCUCCUCAUCGCCCAUGUGCAGGGGACCCAGGCCGGGAGGUACUCCUUCGUGGCCGGCAACCAGCAGAGUGAGGCCACACUGACCGUCCGCGACCCCCCGAUCAUCGCUCCAAACGUGACAGAGAAGCUGAGGGAGCCACUGGUGGUCAAGGCGGGGAAGCCAGCGACCAUGAAGGUCCCCUUCCAGAGCCGCCUCCCGGUUCAGGCCACCUGGAGGAAGGACGGGGCCGAGGUGGCGGGCGGCGGCAGCAGAGGGGCCCAGGUGGUCGUGGGGGACAGCUUCACACGGCUGUGCCUCCCCAGCGCCGACAGGAAGGACCGAGGCCAGUACAGCGUGACGCUGAGGAGCGAGGGCGGCUCCGUGCAGGCCGAGCUCACCCUGCAAGUCCUAGACAAGCCCCAGCCCCCACAGGGCCCCCUAGAAGUACAAGAUUGCCACGGGGCUGGCGUCUGCCUCCGCUGGCGGCCCCCAAGGGACGACGGGGGCCGGGCCCUAGAGCACUACGUGGUGGAGAGGCAGCAGGCCGGCCGGAGCACUUGGCUGAAGCUGGGCGAGACCCCAGCAGACAGCACCACGUUCACGGACACCCACGCGGAGCAGGGCAAGAAGUACACCUUCCGCGUGCGGGCUGUGACGGCGGAGGGGCCCGGGGAGGCCCUGCAGUCCGAGGAGGUGCUGGUGGCUCCCGAGGCUCUUCCUGGGCCCCCGUCCCCACCGGCCAUCCUGUCAGCCUCCAGCCAGAGCAUCACACUGUCGUGGAUGGCGCCGCGGGGCCCGGGCAGCUCCCACAUCCUGGGCUACCUCAUCGAGAAACGCAAGAAGGGAAGUAACACCUGGACGGCCGUGAACCAGCAGCCGGUGCCUGAGAAGAAGUGGACGGUGGCGGACCUGCGGCAGGGCUGUCAGUACGAGUUCCGGGUCACGGCCGUGGCUCCCUCUGGCCUCGGACAGCCUGGGCCCCCAUCAGAGGCCGUCUUCGCUCGGGACCCCAUGAGAACCCCCGGGCCUGUGAGGGAUCUCCAGGUCAUAGACACGUCCCACACCAGCAUCACCCUGAGCUGGGCCCGGCCAGACACACAGGAUGGAGAUGAAGCCCAGGGCUACGUGGUGGAGCUGUGCGGCUCGGACAGCCUCCAGUGGAGCCCGUGCCACACGGGCACCGUGCCUGGACCCACCUACACAGCCCGAGGGCUUCGGCCCCGAGAGGGCUACUUCGUGCGGGUGACAGCAGUUAAUGACGGGGGCCGCGGCCAGCCCAUGACCCUGGACACCGUAGUGCAGGCCAUGCCUGUUACUGUCUGUCCCAAGUUCCUCAUGGACGCCACCAUGAAGGACUCGAUGACGGUCAGAGCUGGGGACACUGUUCGCGUGCCUGUCUACUUUGAGGCCGACCCCUUGCCGGAGGUGACCUGGCUAAAGGAUGGCUUGCCCUUGCCUAAAAGAAGCGUGACCUCCACCAAGGACGGCCUCACCCAGCUCCUGGUCCCCGUGGCCAGCCUCACAGACAGUGGCCUCUACACUGUGGUACUGAGGAGCCUGCGGGGGGAGGAGGCCACCUACAGCUUCCGCCUCACGGUGGCAGAAAAGGGGAAAAAAUGGGUUGAGCAGCCUUGGGGGACACGUUUGCGGGUGAGACGUGGUGGGAGGCCCAGGCAGUGCCCGCGUCUACCAGCAGCGUCCCGCCCGGACGCACCUUCUCAGCUUCUGACCUUCCUCCCUGCCGUCUCCCCCGCAGACAAGUUCACGGUGAAGGUUCCCAGCUACCGCGAGCCAGACCUGAGCCAGAAGCCCCGCUUCCUGGUGGGCCUGCGGACCCACCUGCUGCCCCUGGGCUGCGAGUGCUGCAUGACCUGCGCCGUGCAGGGCUGGCCCCGGCCCCGCGUCACCUGGUUCAAGAACGACCAGAGCCUGGCAGGGAGCCCCACCGUGUACAGCACCGACGUGCUGGGCGUCUGCUCCCUGGUCAUCCCCAGCGUCUCCGCUGCGGACAGCGGCGAGUACAAGGCGGUGGCCGAGAACCCUCUGGGCCAGGCUGUCAGCACCGCCAAGCUCAUCGUUGUAGAAUCUAACCCCUAGCCCCGCCUCCCCCUGUGAUGGCCUCGCUCAGCCCUGCAGCCCCUGAAGAUCUCUGAAACAUCACUCCUGACACCACGCUGAAAGGAUGGAGGACGCUGGAGUUCCCAGAGCCCCAGGGAGACCGGAGUCAGGGGCUCCUGGGGAAGCCACGCCAGGAGGGCACGGAGUUUUGGGGAAGAGAAAGAAGGAGGGGACACUCAGUGUCCCAGCCCUGGGCUGUCACUGAGCCAAACGGCAGCGAACCUCCCGCUUGGGGGCUCCAGUGGACCGGGGUGUGUCUGCAGGAAGGAGGCCGAGUCCUGGUCUCCCCAGGCUGGGCCCCGAAGGGAGGGUGGGGAGGACUGGGCCAGCGUGACCACAGUGGGGGUGGGGUGAGGGCGGGGCCUGUGUGUGGGAAGGCUGCUCUCCGCGCUUCUCCUCAUUAAAGCAUUGGCCGCUUCCAGCAAA